UCCCUUUUUUCUUGGCUUGUUGACAGGAUGUCAGUGGAUUGUUAGGCUGUGGAAAUGGUAUAAAUACUGCAGAUUCGUGCACCUUUUCAUCAGCACUUCACUUGAACUAUCAAGAGAACAAACUCCUCCUGAAGAACCAACAGAAACAUUACAAGACUAAAACAAUGAACUCAACAGCCAUCCUGUGUCUUGCUGUCUUGUUCUGUGCAGCUAUUGAAGGCUCACCAAUGCCUGGCAAGGGUCGCUGUCAUUGCCUUGGAGAUGGUGUCAACUUUAUUCAACCAAGACUCAUUGAGAAGUUAGAUGUGAUUCCUGCAUCAAUGACGUGUGGCAACUUGGAGAUUAUUGUUACACUGAAGAACAGUGGAGAGCUGAGAUGCCUGAAUCCCAAAUCCAAGUUUUCACAGAAUUUCAUUAAGAACGCAAAGAAAAUGCCCCAGCAGUAGACUUUAACGUCAACAAGAGAAGAACAACCUCAAAGAUUUUCAAAAGCCACCUUUUUUGAAGACCCCAGAACAAAGACCAAACGCCCUCCAAGAUUCUUAGAAACUGCUUGUUACGCUUUCUCCUCCUCUCUGAAUAAAGUGUAAAGUUCCUAAUGUAAAUAUCUGGACAGACCCUAUAAAUGAGAAAUAUUUAUAAAUAUUGAAAUUGUUUUUCUGUGUUUAAAAUAACAAAACAUAAACCAAUGUAGAUAUGUACAAAUAUUGUGUUAUUUAAAAAAUAAUAAUACAAGUCUUAACUGACUGGAAAUGAAUCAUUUCACAAGUCUGAAUCCCAAAUGCUGAGCAUGUUGUAAAUCCGUGUCUGAAAAUAUUUACUGUAUCUUUGAUCUAUGACUAAACAUUUAUUGUAUAAAUUGUAAAAUGUUCUGUACAAUUAUUUUGAUAUUGAGUGUCAAAUUAUUGUUUGAGGAUAUUCAUGUUUUUUGUUCAACCUUUUAAGUUCAAAUAAAUGACAUUUUUUGAA